AUGUUGACCUAUCUCCCCGCAAGCUCAAUAAAAUGGUUUUGCCCCCUGCAAUCUGGAACAGGCGCAGAUGGACGCUUAGGUGGCGGAAUUGGUAACGAAUGCGUGGAGGUAGCGGCGGAGAGCGGAGGCGGUGGUGGAGAGCGCGGAGGUGGGGCUGGUGCAAGUGCGUAUAUAAUUUGCAAAGAGCCUCUGUUGCUCGUACUGCUGGUGCAAAUGCUGGUGCAAGUGCUGGUGCAGGUGCUGCUGCGAGUGCUUUUGCGCGAAUAUGGGAGGAAGGGGAGGGGAGAUGUGUCGAAGGCGGAGAUGAAGGUAGAGGAAGUAGCGCUGGAGCAGGCGCUGAUGCUCAACAUCGGCACAUACAGCAGCAACAACAACACCUUCCAUUUCCAUUCGCAACCCUAA